GAAGCGGAAUAUUAUUAUUAACUACCAACCAAUCAGCCGUUUAAUAUUCACUUCUUUUUCUUAUAAUAAUCACCAACCAAAAUUUCACUUUCUUUUGUUCAAUUCAAAGCAUUGUUUGAUCGAUCAUUUCAAUGGCCGCCCAAUUCACUCCCAACACCAAAACCCUUUAUGAUUUCACUGUCAAGGAUGCCAAGGGUAACGACGUAGACCUUAGCGUUUACAAGGGAAAAGUUGUACUUGUUGUUAAUGUUGCCUCCAAGUGUGGGCUGACAAAUAGCAACUAUGAAGAACUGAAUCAGAUAUAUUUGAAGUAUAAGGACCAAGAUUUUGAGAUCUUGGCAUUUCCAUGCAAUCAGUUUGGAGCUCAAGAGCCUGGAAGCAACGAAGAGAUAGCUGACUUUGUUUGUACCAAGUUCAAAUCAGAAUUCCCCAUCUUUGAUAAGAUCGAUGUAAAUGGUGAGAAUUCUGCACCAGUGUACGAUUUUUUGAAAUCAGGUUUCUAUGGGAUCCUUGGGGGAGACAUCCAAUGGAACUUUUCCAAGUUUUUGGUUGAUAAAGAGGGUAAACCUGUUGACCGCUACUACCCAACAACUUCUCCUCUUACAAUCGAGAGGGACAUUCAAAAGCUCUUGGGUCUUCUGUAGAUUUCAAGAUUUCUGGAAUGAAAAUGUUUGCCUUUGUGUCUAUGGAUGCCGAAUCUUAUGUUGAGUAUUGGGAUACAAUCUUUUUCAUUUUAUGUCGCAUCUGUUGAUUUAAAACCUUAAAAAUACUGUAAUUCAAAAGAAUCAGAAAAUAAUAUGCAUUACUUGUUAUGCAUUGAGUUGGGCUAUAUAUUAACAUUCUUCAUUUA